AUGUUGAACAUUUCAGCCGAGCGCUUUUCCCCAAAGCGCCUCUCUCCCAGUCGCAUCAAGGCUAGGAUCGAGCCUCAACUGCACUUGCAAGUCCCCAUGGAGAAAGGGGUGUACAAAGAUCCGCGUUGGUCCAACCCGGACUUGGAUCCCAUCAAGCCAGAGGAUCGCACAUGGGGUGCGUUGGACUACUGGGCGUACUGGUGCAGCGAUCUACUCGCACCACCUCUAGCAUCCACCAUCUCCGCCGUCAUGAGUCUGGGCUUCACCGCCCGUCAGACAAUCCCCAUCACGUUCUGCGGCUUCCUCUUGUGCUCGGGUGCUCUGACAUUGACGGGAAAGAUUGGUGCCACAUAUCAUAUCCCUUUUCCCGUUCUGGUCCGUUCCAUCUUCGGCAUGUACGGCAGCUACCCAGUCAUUGUGCUUCGCGCUUUCGUCGCUGCCAUGUGGACGGCAUUGCUUUGUGUUCAAGCAGGAGACUUCCUGAACAACUGCAUCACUGCCAUUUGGCCGAGUUUUGCAAACUUUCCCAACCAUCUUCCAGAAAGUGGGGGUAUAACUUCGGCCUCACUCUUGUGCUUUAUGCUGUACUGGAUCUUCCAGACCAUCUUGGCCUGUAUGCCGAUCAGAAAGUUGCGUCUUCUGUUCCUCAUCAAGGGGAUAGUCGUUCCUCCCACGUUUGCAGCGCUCUUCCUCUGGGGUGCCAUUGUCACUCAUGGUGGUGGUCCGCUUGUCACCGGUCCAUCAAAAAUGACCAGUCCAUACAUGAACACCGCCUUCUCAGCUUUGACAGCCUUGAACAGCAUCAUCGGCCUCUUCUCAUCAAUGGCCGUGAACUUCGCCGAUUUCAGCCGUUUCAGCAAGAAUAACCUCGCCGGUUACAACCAAGUGUUUGCUCUUCCGAUCAUUGGGACUCUGGGCGCCCUCUGUCCAAUCUUUGUCACCGCAGCACACAGUUACCAACAUGGAACAUUCCAGUGGUAUAUGCCGGCCGUCAUCGCACAAUUCGACUCCCGUGCCGCGAAGUUCUUCACGGCCUUCAGCUUCAUCCUUGCGACCAUUGGGAACCAGGUUGCAGCUGGGACAUACCCCUUUUCGAACGAUGUCUCGGGUCUCUGCCCCAAGUAUAUCAACAUCUUCCGAGCGACCUUGAUUAUCUCCGUCUUCUGUGUCGUCUCGAACCCAUGGCAGAUCAUCAAGAACGCCAGCGGACUACUCGCCUUUCUUUCAGGCUAUAGUAUGUUCAUGGGAGCAAUCUGCGGCGUGGUAUGCUGUCACUAUUAUAUCAUCGUGAAGAAGAAGCUGAACAUCCACGAAAUGUACAACGGAGACGGCAUCUACCGGUACAACAAGAUCGGCGUGAACUGGAGAGCAUUCUUUGCCUUCUUUGUCGCCAUUGCUCCCUUGGUACCAGGCUUUGCAAAAAGCAUCAACAACAACCUCAACUUGGGCAAAGUGUGGCAGGUGUAUACUUUCUCCUGCCUCUAUGGCUUCACUGUGUCAGGACUGGUAUACUGGGUCACCUGCACAUAUGUGUCAGGUCUCGGAUCCGCCAUGAUCGACGAAGCAGUGUAUCCGCCAUCCACGCCACGGGGUGGAGAUUUGGAAGUCCAGAGUGCAGCUUCUGAGCAAGAUGUAUAUGGAGAGAAGGUUGGAGGUGUCGAGGUCGCUGUUGGAGCCAAGGAGUUGAAUGUCUGA